GAUAGUUUAAAUCUAUAUGGUAAGAAUUUUAAAGGCAAUUUUUUUUUUUUGUAAUGGAGUGAUAGAUCACUUAUCCAGGCAUUAAUUGCAUCUACAGUAAACAUGGAGCAUAAUCAUAGCCAUACUGAUCAUGAUACAUGCUGCAGUGUAAAUAGUAAUGUUGGCAUGCGUCAGACAUUUACGGAAAUGGAAUUUGAACGUGGGAUAUGGUAUGCUGCGCAAUAUAAUGAUUUGGAUCGUGUGAAGACAUUGUUAAAGAAAGGUGUUCCACCCAGUGCAGAAGAUUCAGCCGGGUAUACAGCGUUACACUAUGCAGCGCGAAAUGGACACUACAAAAUGUGUAUUAUUUUAUUAGAAAAUGAUGCAGCAGUAAAUGCGCAAACACGUUGUGGACAUGCUACUGCUUUGCAUAGAGCAGCUAUGCAAAGUCACUCUGACAUUGUUGAACUUUUAUUAAAAUUCGGCGCAAAUCCUAAUUUAAAAGAUGCUGAUGGAUACACUGCUUUGCAUAAAGCAAUUAAGGCACGUUCGACUUCUGUUUGUAAGCUAUUGAUACCAUGUAGUGAUUUAUCAUUAUUGAACACUGACACGCAAAAUAUUGAACAAUUAGUAACAGAAAAAUGCCCUGAAAUUUUACCAUUUUUAUCAACAUACAUAAAUAAAGAGGAGAAAGUAAAUAUAAAAAUUUUUAACGGCGAGUUUCUUCCGGAAAUAGGGAAUGCUAACAUCAUUUUAUCAAGCGAUAAAGGAAUAAGUGUACAAAUAAAGUUGAUAGGCACUCAUCAUCCGUACUGUUCCAUGUGCUCGACGGAACGGAGAGGGUCGUGCACUUGA